AGAAAAUAAUCAAAAAUUGCAUUGAAAAGGGAAAAAAUGAUUCGAAUUACGAACACGAAUCGUCGAAAUUUUCGAAUCACGAAUCAUCACUUUAUACUCGUAUUAGUGAUUCGAAUCAGAUCAACUCAUUGGAUCCUAAGAAUCGCUUUAAAAAUGAUUCAAAUCACGAACGUCGAAUAAAAAUACAAGAUUCGAAUCUCGUCCAUACCGGGUCCAGCGCAGAAAAAUCUUAAGAGAUCUCAAUUUUUAAUAGUGUAGUAUUCCAAGGCUAACUGGACUAGAUAUCUAAUCACGAAUUAAACAUCGGCAGGCGGCUUGAUUAUUAAUUCUUCCGUAAAAUGAAUUCACCUGUAAGUAUCUGGUAGUUAUUCGCGAGCAGCUUUUAAGCUGAGGUACGCAUUUUCUGUAUCCAUCGUCGAUCGCUUCACAGUUUUAAAACUCGAAUUUAGUGAGAGUUAGUGUAAUGUACCUACCUAUAAUAAUUACAGCCUAAUGUUAUUACUGUCGCGCGAUGUUUGAUUACUUGAAACAUGUGACCGUUGAACCAUCGUUUUUAAUCUUUCUUGUCGUGUAUGACUGGAUCAAAGGCUUAGAUACGAAUUUAUUUCUCCAAAAAGCAUGCCGGCCCAACUCCACUACUCAGCCGGACCUAAAAAACACCCAAUGUGAUGACGAAAGAAGCGGAAUCCUAUUCGUGACAGAAGUUGGCCUCAAGUACCAACCAGUUGUGGUUUUCAUAGGCCUACUUGGCGUAAUAUUUGCUUCAUACUGGAGCGAUGAAGCUGGUCGAAGGAGAAGACCGCUGAUUUAUAUUUCCAUCUUGGCACAAAUACUUCACGCAUUAUCUGGUUGUUUGAAUUCGUAUUUUUGGCAAUGGAAACCAAUCAUUGCAGUAUUAUCAUGGGCAGUACUUGAAAGUUUGUGUUCAGGAAUGAGUCUGAUGCUGGUGGGUUGUUCAAUGUAUAUAUGCGAUAUAUCUGAUACGCAAAGUCGCACUAUGCGACUCGGAAUUAUUGGAGCGAUUAGAUUAACUUCUCUGGUACUGGGCAGAGGUGGAUCUGGAUUCAUGCUUCAUCAUUUUGGAUUUCUCAAUUCUUAUUCGUUGUGCUUCGUUUUCUCAAUGUGUGCAUUAAUAUUUGCUUUGAUUUUCAUCAAAGAUAAUUCGGUUUCGGUUGAGAAGAAAAAUACUUUUUACCACGUUUUUAAUUUGAAGCGUACGAUAUUUGGUAGUUUUAGAGUUGUAUUUAAUCGCAAUUUAGGGCGUAAAAGAGUCACAGUCACGUUAUUGAUUAUUGCAAACAUUACAGUCAUCCUCACAUUUUUUGGUGAGUUAUCCGUAUUGUAUCCGUAUUUGAGGCACAGAUUCGGAUGGAAUGAACAGAAGUACAGUGAAUAUAUGAUAUUAAAACUUACUAUUUCAUCGUUCGGUAUUUUGUUUUGCUCGCUGGUGUUGAGCAAACGCUUAAAAAUCCAUGAUGGAUUGAUUGGUAUCUUGGCCGGAUGUUUUGACACAAUAGCUAUUCUUGUUUUAAUGUUUGCUAACCAAGUCUGGCAACUUUACUUGGUUCCUGUGAUAGAUUUAUUUCACGGUACAGCUAUGACAAUUUGUAUAUCUUUCAUGAGUAAAUAUUACGGAGCUGAUGAAAUAGGUCGAUUGAAUGCUGUUAAUGGUAUAUUUGCGUUGAUAGUUCCUUUUACUUUUAUGGCUUAUAAUGCUAUUUUCCGAAGAACAUUGGAUACCUAUCCGUCUGCAUUUUGUCUUGUUAGUGUUGUGCUGGAUGUAGGCAUCGUUUUAUGUUUUUGUGGCGCAUAUUACUUCAGUAAAAAAUUCGACGCUGAGAAAACAAAGAAGCGAGAAGUUACAGAGGAAAAAUGUUGCGAAACUUCGUUAUUAUAAGUGUAGGUAUGUUUUGAUGCUUGCACAUCUGAUGUGAGAUGUUAGCAAAAAUACUCUAUGUGUUCUAUGAAUUUUAUGAAUAACGAAUACAUUCCUGAUGGAUAAGGUGAAGAUUUGUAUUUCCACAUAUGAAUAAUUUGUGUAGUGUGUAUGCAUAAAAUAGGAUAUCCGUCGAUAUAUGUAUUAAACUAUAGUACCUACAUCAA